AUGAGUUCUGAGUCAGACAGGAACUGUGAGACGUUCUCGUUUAAAAGAGGGGAUCUAUUGGAAGUUCCCAGGACUCUGUUUACUCACUAUGGUAUCUAUCUGGGAGAUGGACAAGUUGCUCAUCUGAUGCCCGACAUCCUGCCAGUGUUCACCGAAGAUGAGAAAAUGAUCCGCGACGUGGUUACAAACCAGCGGCUCAUCCUGGGCGUCAUCUCCAGGAACGCCAGCAUCAGAGUGGACACAGUGGAAGACUUUGCGUAUGGAGCCUGCAUUCUUGUCAACCAGAUGGACAGACUAAUGUACAAGAAACCGGCACUUCCCAAUGAAGAGGUUGCAAGAAGAGCAGAGAAGCUGGUUGGAAGCACAGACUACAGCCUGUUGUGGAAUAACUGUGAACAUUUUGUUACUCACUGUAGAUAUGGUACUGCAGUGAGUAUCCAGACGGACAAGUUUUGUGAAACAGUGAAGACUAUAAUAAGAGACCAGAGGAGUAUUUUUGUCACAGCUGCGCUGGGACUGGCUGGAAUUUUUUGUUUGGGCUUUGGACCCUCCACUACUCUCCCAACUAUCCUUAUACCCUUCUUCCUGUGGAUGGCUGGCUAA